GAUGGCGGCCCCCAAAUGUUCACAGCAGUAAACCCGGCAGGUCCUACGCUGAGCACGCACACGACCUGCACUGCGCUAUUGGUCACCUCGGCAACGGACACCCGGAUGUGGAACAGAACGGCAAAAGUGUUUGUGAGGUUGGGUGCAGUGCAACAGCCCCUUUACUAUCCUCUUUUCAAGUCGACGCUGGUAGGAUUACUGUCACCCAUGGAUUUCCUCAAAUGCCUGCAUGUGAAGGCACGGAGUGAGGUGUACCCAGGCUCUGAAAUCCGACGUUUCCCAGUCCCGGAUGAUAAGGUGGACUGGGCAGUGCAGUGGGCUGAUUAUAAGCCAGUCGACUACACUGCCCCCUCACUGUUCAAGCGACCACCCUGGGCAGACCCACCUUACAGUGAUGAAAGGGAGUUGGACAAACCAUUACAGUUUAAUCAGUUGGAUGGAGGAGUGGAUCGAACAUCCCAUGUUAUUUCAUACAGUGUGGUAAACGGAUUCCCACGGAAUCCCUGUGGACGGACUGGAUUGAGGGGUAGAGGACUCCUGGGAAGAUGGGGCCCUAAUCAUGCAGCAGAUCCUAUUGUGACAAGGUGGAAGAGGGAGGCCGGAAAACCAAUAAUUCACAGCCAGUGUGGAAAGCCUGUUCUGCAGUUUGUAGCAAUACGUCGAAGAGACAAUAAGGAAUGGGCCAUUCCUGGGGGAAUGAUUGAUCCUGGUGAAAGAGUGUCAGUCACUCUCAAAAGAGAAUUUGGAGAAGAAGCAUUGAACUCCCUCGAGUUACCAGAAGCCGAGAGAAAACAAACUAAAGCAUUGAUUGACUCCCUGUUUCAAACCGGAGAAUUGGUCUACAAAGGAUAUGUGGAUGAUCCCCGGAACACUGAUAAUGCUUGGAUUGAGACAGUGGCUAUGAAUUUCCAUGAUGAGACAGGCAACAGUGUGGGAAAACUGAACCUUCAGGCAGGUGACGACGCAGGGGCUGUCAAAUGGAUGGACAUCGACAAACGACAGAAGCUGUACGCCAGCCACACUGAGAUGCUCCACCAGGUUGCAAAGAUGAAGGAUGCUCAUUGGUAACAGACCAGCUCGGAGCCUUUCCUAUCACAUGGUAGCCCAGUCAGACGUGCUAACACAUGAAAUGUUUGCACUUUGCUCUAUAAAAACCCCAUUGUGGUCAGGAAGAAACCUCUCUAGGAGAGAGAGAGAGAAAGGAGAGAGAGCAACUUUAAUGGUGUUGUUUUUAAGCUACAAUGUGUUUUAACCUUGGACUGGCCGUGAGCUGAUUUUUAGGCCCUCACAUUCUUGCAGACCCUUUGUAUUUUGCCUUUUUGCCCCCUGGUUUGUCCCCACCUCCUCCCCUGACCAGCUGGACUGACCCCACGGCCUUUGCAUGACCCUGCUUGGCCGUGACCAAGAGCUGGGUGACUGGUACACUGGUAUCCGCUUGAUGCUGGUUGUCGAAGCUGCUUUCUCACUUGUAGCACCACGUCUGUUAUUUUACAUAGACCUAGCACACACUGACCAGCGUGCGGUGCACGGAAUAUGCUUAAUGUUCCCAGAGCCCACCUGCAUUGGAGCUGUCCACACGGUGUAUCUGGGUCUUUUGUUUUUGCAGAAUAAUAUUUAUAAAAUAAAAUUUAAUACUUGUCAGCAAGGCCAGCAUUUGUUGCAGAUUCCUGGUUGUCCUUGAAAAGGUGGUAGUGAGCACUUCUUCCACCAUGCAGAAUAAAGCAUUACUGUGAUUUAUCAGCAGCUCGCUUAUCAUUGUACCAGGAUGGGAGAGGACGAAUUUCAUCGACCUUUGUCUUUACCCAUCCACCAAAUAGUAUGCUUCUACAUUCUCAGUGGAGGGAGAGGAACCGUGAACAAUUCCCACUAUUUGUCAGCAGGUGGUGCCAUUGUCCUGUGUUACACAGUACUGUCUUGGACAAUAUGAGCUAGAAAUUGAAAGGAAGGUUCAAAAUGGAGCUGAGCAACUUGAGUUUGUGCCAGAAGUGAAAUGUGAAUUUGAAUUUACAACGUGGAGAUGUCUCUGUACCAACAUGGACUAAGGAAAGAAUGUCUCCAUUGUGCUGCACCCCAAUCAUGUUGCUACAGACUGUCAAAAAAUAGUGAUUUUAAACACCGCUCCCCCCCACCCAGCCAACUCGUGUGUGUUGCACUCUCCAGUAUACUGGCCGAAGGGGCAGCCAUAGAUCUUGCUGUUGCCUAGACACGUGUUUAAGAGCUUCCGUGGGUGAGCUGAUUCCCCCCCCCCCCCACUUUGCAACAUUUAAGCAGCUUGGGUUUACCAAGACUGGGAGGAAAUUCUACAUCGCAGUUAUUUUAUGGUGCCUGGCAUCUGCUUGGCAAUGUGUCACCAACAAUGCUUUGACAUACUCCUGAAGAAUUCAUCACUUCCCAAUUCCACCCAAAACCCGGUGAAACAGUCUUUUUUCCCCAUCUGUGAUAAUUUAAGUAAUAAAUAAAUAAGUGUUGUAAGAAAAUCAAUUUCUCUCAUGCCUACAUGAUUUCCACCCCCACUCCAAAGCCACUGAUUGCAGUGUCUUGAGGAAAAUCUUUAAUUCCUGUUGGCCCCAGGAUUUGCCUGGAGGGGUGACGAGUUGUGCUCAGUGCCUCCCACAGUGUGAAUACUGUACCCACUACACCAGAUGGAAACUUUGGGCACUGUGAGCCUGCUGUGACCUACAAGCUUUGAGGAGCUGAGCCUGCCUUUAAUAUUGAUAAUCUGUACAGUGUCAUGCCCCAUAGACUGAAUCUCCCACUGAUAUUCCGGCUGAGCGCUGCAUGUGCUGAAAUAUCUACUCAUACCCCCUGCUUGUGAAUUCUUGUUUCCAUUCCUCAGGUUCCAUAUUGUAACAGGGUUAUGUAUUAAAUGACAGAUAAACAUU